AUGCAGUCUUUGCGCGUCAGCAUGGCCCCGAGGGCCACGGCCAGAGCCGUGACUUGCCCCUCGAGGCGGUGCUUCACGGCAGGCAUGCCAUUGAGGGCAGCCCAGAAGCCAUUCUAUGAGGGUGAGCCUGGCGGGCCAGUCCUCAAAACGAAGAUCCCCGGGCCGCAGAGCACGAAGCACAUCAAGGAGCUGAGCGAGGUCUUUGAGACGCGGAGCUUGAGCCUCCUGGCUGAUUACACCCAGAGCUUUGGCAACUAUAUUGCCGAUACGGAUGGCAACCAAUUACUAGAUGUGUAUGCGCAAAUCGCCUCCAUCCCCAUCGGGUACAACAAUCCCGCCCUGGCCAAGGCGGCCGCGACACCCGAGAUGAUCAGAGCCCUGAUCAACCGUCCAGCCCUCGGUAACUUCCCAUCCCACGACUGGGCCGAGAUCCUCAAGACGGGCAUCCUGAAAGUGGCGCCCAAGGGCCUGCCGCACGUCUUCACGGCCCUGGCGGGCUCCGACGCCAACGAGCUGGCCUACAAGGCGGCCUUCAUGCACCGGCGGCAGCAGGAGCGCGGCGGGUACGACGUCGACUUCACAGCUCAGGAGCUCGAGUCCGUCAUGAACAACCAGUCCCCCGGGUCGUCCCAGCUGUCCAUCCUCUCCUUCAAGACCAGCUUCCACGGCCGCCUGUUCGGCUCCCUCUCCACGACUCGCUCAAAACCUAUCCACAAGCUCGACAUCCCGGCCUUUGACUGGCCGCAGGCCACCUUCCCCCAGCUCAGGUACCCGCUGGAACAACACGCCGCCGAGAACGCAAAAGCCGAGCAGGCGAGCCUCGACGAGGUCGAGCACCUCAUCAAGACGUGGCACCUCCCCCCCGCCGCCCUCAUCGUCGAGCCCAUCCAGAGCGAAGGCGGCGAUAACCACGCGAGCCCGUCCUUCUUCCGGGCUCUCCGCGCCCUCACGAAGAAGCACAACGUCCUCAUGAUCGUCGACGAGGUCCAGACCGGCGUCGGCGCAACAGGAAAGUUCUGGGCCCACGAGCACUGGGGGCUGGACGAGGACGACGCCCCGGACAUGGUCACCUUCUCCAAGAAGGCCCAGACGGCGGGGUACUACUACCGCCAGCCGUCCCUGCAGCCCAACCGGCCCUACCGCCAGUUCAACACGUGGAUGGGCGACCCGGCCCGCGCGCUCCUCUUCCGCGCCAUCGUCGACGAGGUGGCGCGGCUCGAUCUUGUCCAGAACACGGCGAGGGUCGGCGCGUACCUGUACGAGCAGCUCGAGGGCCUCGCGGGGCGGUACCCGGACCUGUUCCGGAACCUGCGGGGCAAGGGCCAGGGCACGUUCAUUGCGUUUGACAGUCCCAAGCGGGAUGAGUUCCUCGCCCGGGCCAAGGCGGAGGGUAUCAAUAUCGGCGGGAGUGGCACCUCGGCCGUGCGGCUGAGGCCGAUGCUGAUUCUGCGGGAGAUGCAUGUCGAUAUUUUGAUCGACGCGCUGGAUAAGGUUGCCAGGGCGCUGUGA